AUGGCCAAAGCUCUAAACCUAAUACCCACUUCAACUUUCCCGCCAUUUUCAUGCCCCACAAGACCCAAAAGGAAAUUCUCAAUUAGAGCCACAACAGAGUCCUCUGAGACCCCAGUAAGUUCAGCUUCUGUUCAAACCAAACCAGAACCUUCAUCUCCACCAUUGACAUUCGCUCCUCCGCCCAAUUUCAAGCCGCCGGAGCCGAAGCGGUUCGGCGUCCGGCCGGAUAAAGUUUUCGACAUCUUGGGGGCUUCUCUUGCCUUGCUUUUUCGGUUGGGGACUGGAGUUUUCGUUUCUGGGUAUUCUUUCUCUUUCGUUUCCAAAGAUGAAAUUCCCGCAGACCAGUAUGCUCUUGAUUUUAAUGAUUCUAAGGUGAAAGAGACUUCAAAAAUAGGCCCCCGGCCGCCGAAGCCUAUUGAGAUAUAUGAGUUUGAAGGCUGUCCAUUCUGCCGGAAGGUUAGGGAAAUUGUUGCAGUGUUGGACCUUGAUGUUCUAUUUUAUCCUUGCCCAAAAAAUGGUCCAAACUUUCGUCGCAAGGUUGCUGAGAUGGGCGGAAAACAGCAGUUCCCUUACAUGGUGGAUCCAAACACUGGAGUUUCAAUGUAUGAAUCGGAUGACAUAAUCAAGUACUUGGUUGGAAAGUAUGGUGAUGGAAAUGUUCCUAUUGCAUUGUCACUUGGUUUAUUGACGACUUUGACUGCAGGCCUUGCUAUGAUUGGUCGUUCAGGAAAGGGUUCUAGCUAUUCUCCAUCAAGACUACCACCCAAACCACUUGUAGUAUGGGCAUAUGAGGGAUCUCCUUUUUGCAAAAUUGUACGUGAAGUACUUGUAGAGUUAGAACUGCCUCACAUAUAUCGCAGCUGUGCCCGUGGCAGUCCAAAACGACAGAUUCUGUUUGAUAAAACUGGACGCUUUCAGGCUCCUUAUUUAGAAGAUCCAAAUACCGGGGUGGAGAUGUUUGAAAGUGCAGAAAUUGCAGAAUAUCUGAAAGCAACAUAUGCGCUAUAA